AUGGAGAUUUUGUACCGAGUGCCAUGCUUAGUAUUGGGAUGCCCCAACCUGAAGCUGAAGAGGUCACCCUGGGUGCAUAGGCCCGCAGCCAUGAUGGUGUAUGCUCAGGCAGUGGUGUCUCACUUUCUCAUCACCAGAGGAAUAAUUUAUGAGGUCGCUGUUGAACAUCCAAGUGUUGGCUAUAUGACUGAUGAACAUGGGCGUCAGAGGCCAGUAGCUUUCUCGGCCUACAGAGUAAACGGACAAUAUGCUAUGGAAGGACUUGCAUCCAGCUUCCUGUUUACAAUUGGAGGUUUAGGUUUCAUACUCCUUGACCAAUCCAAUGCUGCAAACAUUCCUAAACUCAAUAGAUUUCUUCUUCUAUUCAUUGGAUUCGUCCGUGUCCUACUGAGUUUUUCAUGGCUAGAGCAUUCAAGAGAAUGGAACUGCCAAACUACUGGAUAG